UUCAUGGGCAGCUCAAUUAAAAAUAGUCACAGGGUGCGACAAUUUUACCUGCUCUCGUAACAGAAGCAAUGCAAGUGAUGAAACCUAAGAAGAAAAUAGCCUCAUAAAUGAAGACAACUCCCUUAAUAUAUGAGACAGUCAAAGCUGAUUAUGAUGUUAUAAGUCUCCAUAUCACUUCAUAAACAUUUCCUGUCAUCUUUGUGUGUGGUGUGGAGCGGUGUUCUGUGUCUUGGGCUUCGUGGUCAGCUGUAAGUCAUCCUUGGAUAGACAGGGGGCUCUAUGGCGGCACAUCGAGUUCCCCCAGGUUUAAUUUCCAUUCCUUCAAAUGUUCCCAAAGGCAUCUGACUUCUGAAAAUGGUUUUUUUCACCCUCAGCUCCCUUCGAAAUGCAUCUGACAUCUCAGUGACGUGGGAGGAGUCAGCUGAACAACAGGAGUGUGAUCUCCAGCUGUCGCCACCACAUAUAUAAGUGAUGCUUGGCUUGGAUGCCUUAAUUUUGGCACAAGGAAUUUUCAAGGAAAGUCAUGGGAAUCCAACAGGACGAUGAGCUGGUUACAGACAUCACAAGUGGAAACAAAGAGCAGGAUGACACUGUGGCACAGCAUUCUUCUGAAGAAUGCAAAAGCUCUGUUGAACAUCAUCCGAAUACCUAUAACAUUCAAUGUGACAGUGAAGUCAUUUUAAAUGGUUUUAAUACUGGCAACAGCACUAAUGACCUCCAGAAGAUUAAAGAAAGUCAGAAGAUAAAAACAAGUACAUCAGUCUACCAAACACAGCCUAAACAAGAGAUAGUGAAUGAUUUUGUUGAUGAGGAUGACUUUCUGAAGGCAGCGCUGGAUAACAAAUUGCCAAUGAUUAAAAGUUACCUCGCCAGAGGUGCAGACCCAAACGCCUGUGAUAAUUUCAACCGAACAGCUUUGCACAGAGCUUGCUCACAAGGAAAUGUGGAGAUUGUGCAAACCCUGCUGGAGGCCAGUGCUUCAAUUGAAAAUAAGGACAAGCUUCAAGCAACUGAAGUUCACUGGGCUUGUCGUGGUGGUUGUUUGCCUGUGCUGGAAGCACUACUUAAUCAUGGGGCAAAACUGGAUUCUAGAGACAAGCUUCGCAGCACCCCCCUUCAUGUAGCGGUCAGGACAGGACACCAUGAAUGUGCUGAACAUCUCAUACACUGUGGUGCAGAAGUCAAUGCAAAAGACAUAGAGGGUGACACGCCACUGCAUGAUGCAGUCAGACUGAAUCAUGUCAAGCUCAUCCAACUUCUUCUGUUGCAUGGAGGUGACUUAAAACUCAAGAAUUGUGAGGGAAAAUCACCAAUGGACAGUGUUUGCGAGUGGCAGAAUGGAGCUAAAACCAUCUUUGACAACUUUAAGGAUGGAAAAAAGUAGAUGCAAUACUUGACCGUGUGCUUUGGGCAUAAUACACUCAAAA